ACACAUGCAAUUCGGGCUUCAAACCUUAACGAUUUUUCGUUUAUCAGCCAAUAUGUCGGCAACAUUCGUUACCCAUUUCCCUGGGUUAAUAGUAUUAUUUUACUAUCUAAAUAAACUCAUGCGAUCAAACACAACGUAGUAGCAGAAGCCAAAAUAUCUCUGUCGGUAUCGUCCAGCAAGUUGGUGAAUGGUGUAGGUACAUUUUCAAUUAAAUCGCAGAUAUAUUAAUAAGAUGGGUUCAUUGUUCCAAAGCGAUGAAAAUAAACCAUUGUUAGAAAGAAAAAUAAAUUCAAAUACAAAAUGGAACUCUAAACCUUUUUUUAAGUGGGGUCUCAUAAUUUUCGUAUUAUGCUUAAUAUUCUUUGUUGUGAUAUUUGUUAUACUCAAGAAUGUGAAUCAACAAGUACCCAGUGCAACUACAGAGAAAUCACAGACAACAAAACACAAACUACACAUUUCGAGUGUCGAUACAACGUAUAAUGAUUACCUAAUGCAAUGUGCUCCUCGAGUAAAAUGUGAUCCAAAUGCAAAAUAUAGAAGAAUUAAUGGAUCCUGUAAUAAUUUGGUUAAACCUACGUUGGGUGCAUCGAAAACACCUUUUCUUCGUAUGCUUAAAGCUAACUAUGCUGAUGGUUAUUACGAGUUAAGAAACCAAACAAAUGGAAGUGCAUUGCCUAGUGCCAGAGUCGUGGACAUCAACGUGUUCCUGACCCGAGAAAAGUAUCACGUGGACGAAAACAAUGUACUCUUACUGCCGUUUUCACAACUGUUGGCCCACGAUUUGUCAGGUUUGACAAACGACGUACCGGAAAACGAGUUCAAUGUGGUGACGGAUUGCUGUACCGACAAGAACGCGAGAAAGACGUUCAGUCAGUGUCAGCUGGUCGUCGAAAAUCCACCCGAUGACCCAGUUUACAGUAAACACAAUAUAUUUUGCAUGGGAUUAGUACGCUCGUUGACGUCGAGAAAUUACAGCUGUCCGUUGUACCCUACGACGUUUAUGAAUGACAACACCCAUUUCAUCGACGCAUCAAACGUGUAUGGAUCGACCGACACCGAUGCCCGACGUCUUAGACUAAUGGAGGGCGGAAGACUUAAUUUCUCGAUAGGCGACAACGGUCAGAUGUUCUGCCCAUACCAACAAAAAAAGAAAUACGAACCUGUUGAGCUGCAACAUACUUCUUUUCAAUACGAUUCAGGCGAUCCAACCAAUGGAAAUCAAAACUUAGGAAUAGGAGUGAUGCAAACAGCAUUUUUAAGAUUUCACAAUUAUAUUGCUUUUAAACUAAUGGCAUUAAAUCCUUACUGGUCUGAUGAAACACUUUAUCAAGAAUCACGAAGAAUUGUCAUUGCAACUAUUCAACGUAUAGUUUACAAUGAUCUUUUACCCAUAAUAAUUGGAGAAGAUUAUCAACAAAUAUACGGUAUUAACAAAGAAAAUAUUUACGAUCCGACGGUUAAUCCAUCAAUGGCUUUAGAGUUGUCAAGCGCUGCUAUACGCGUUCUACACGCAAUCAUACCAGUCCAAUUCAAUUUCAUGAACAAUGAGUAUGAAAUUACAUCAUCGGAAAACAUUACGGAUUGGAUGUUACGGCCAGUUUUAUUACCCAUUAAAGACAAUUUCGAUAAACUAUUAAAAGGUUUCCUGGAGACACCAGGUCGUAUGGUUCAACCCUCGUACAAUUUCUAUAUAUCCAACUAUUUAUUCAGUUUCCCCGGAAAACCUCGGUAUACAGGACGUGAUUUGCUAGCACUAGAUAUCGCAAGAGGUCGAGAUGUAGGCUUACAACCUUACAUCAAAGUCAAACAUUUAUGUGGACUUCCGCUCGCUAAGAGCUUUGCAGAUUUGGAGGACUUGAUACACAUUAGAGACAUAAACAAACUAAAAGAACUAUACCAUUCCGUCGAUGAUAUUGACUUAAUCGUAGGACUUCUAUUAGAAAAAAUUAGUGACGGUGCCAUUGUCGGUCCAACCACCCAGUGUUUAAUUGCCGAUGGUUUCUAUCGGUACAAAGCCGGUGAUCGAUUUUUCUACGAUGUCCAAGGACAGCCAGGAAGUUUCACUCCUGAGCAAUUUAAAAUAAUUAAAAAAAUUACUCUUGGUCAUGUAAUAUGCGCUAUUUCAAAUGUGAAUCACGUACAAAAAGAUAUAUUUAAAUUAGUUGAUCAUAAUUUAUUUUCAACUAGCAAACUGAAAUGUGACGAUGAGUUCUAUUUAAGUUUUGAAGAAUGGACAGAAUCAAACGAUCGUCAAGAACUGUGAAUUAUGCAUGCGGCAUGUAUUUUCUAUGUAUUAUUACAAUAAGCUUUUUGAGUUUUUAUUAAAAAUUAUCAGCCUUCUAAAAACAUACCAACAAUUAGGGUGGUAGUUGAAAGAAAAAAGAAUUGCUCGUUGAAGUUGAUGAUAUAUGAUCAGAUAUUGAAUCGAUAUUGAUUUGAAUUAAUUAAACAUAACGUAAUACGCCGUUUUCAAA